AUGGCUCCCUUAACCGAAGUCGGGGGCUUCUUGGGCGGCCUGGAGGGCUUGGGCCAGCAGGUGGGCUCCCACUUCCUGUUGCCCCCGGCCGGGGAGCGGCCGCCUCUGCUGGGCGAGCGCCGGGGCGCGGCGGAUCCCGGCGGCCGAGGCGGCCCCGGGGCUGCGGAGCUGGCGCACUUGCACGGCAUCCUGCGCCGCCGCCAGCUGUACUGUCGCACCGGCUUCCACCUGCAGAUCCUGCCAGACGGCAGCGUGCAGGGCACCCGGCAGGACCACAGCCUCUUCGGUAUUCUGGAAUUCAUCAGUGUGGCAGUGGGACUGGUCAGUAUCAGAGGUGUGGACAGUGGCCUUUACCUUGGAAUGAAUGACAAAGGAGAGCUAUAUGGAUCGGAGAAACUGACUUCUGAAUGCAUCUUUAGAGAACAGUUUGAAGAAAACUGGUAUAACACCUACUCAUCCAACAUAUAUAAACAUGGAGACAAUGGCCGUAGGUACUUUGUGGCACUUAACAAAGAUGGAACUCCAAGAGAUGGUGCCAGGUCCAAAAGACAUCAGAAAUUCACACAUUUCUUACCUAGACCAGUGGAUCCAGAAAGAGUCCCAGAACUGUACAAGGACCUGCUAAUGUACACUUGAUGUGAGAUGAUGUCUUUUUUGAAGAACCAAACUACAAUUCUUUCUUAUCACAGUUCCUAUCAUAAAAUAACAAUCAGGAAAAGAUUCAAAAUAUCAUGGAGUCUGUUUUCCUCCAGGAAACGGAAUUUAGAACAAAUAUAUAACCUUAUUAUAGAUCCUACCAUACAACAACAGCCCAGGAAGAUAUUCAGAAUAUCACAGGGUCUAUUUUUCCACCAGGAGACUGAAUUUGGAAUGAAUAUGAAGAAAAAGCAAAGAACAAAAAAAUGACUUGAAGUAGGUCAAAACCAGUGAAAAUCACUCUUCUGAGGUGGAUUAUGUUCUCUU